UCACAUUUAUUAGCUGAAGAUAUGAUGAGAGAAUUACAUAUGGCUGCAGAAAUGAGACAUUUAGCAAAAGAAAAAAUACUACAGAAAGUUGAUACAAUUAGAGGUGGAUCUCAAGAUAUUCAGCGCAUAUAA